AUCCGGAAGAUCCUGUGGGUGUAGAUGGCGUCACCCGGAGCGUGAGUUGUUGCACGAGGAUAUUGAAGACAAUGGCUAAGAACAAACUAAGAGGGCAGAAGUCCAGGAAUGUAUUUCAUAUAGCCAGCCAAAAAAACUUUAAGUCUAAAAACAAAGCAAAACCAGUUACCACUAACCUUAAGAAGAUAAACAUUGUGAAUAAUGAAAAAGUUACCAGAGUGAAUAAAGCUUUUGUAGAUAUACAAAAGGAACUUGCACAUUUCUCAAAAGGCCUUUCCCUUGAACCUUUGCAGAAACAGCUGAUUCCUCAGCAGUGUCAUGAAAACGAACCAGUUAAUGUUGAUGAAGCGACAAGAUUAAUGGCUCAGUUGUAAUACACUGGAGAUACAUCAAAUACCCCCAAAAGACCAAUAAAUUAAAUGUUUUAUACAGUUUUAUUUUUAAAAAUCUUGUUAAUGUACAGGCAUUGGCACAUUUUUAAAAACAAACUACAUAAAAGAGAUCUUUCCUAUAAUCUAGGAAAGUGGAAUGUCAGAAGUCAACAAAAUGUGAUAAACUUAAAGUGCUAAAACAGAAGGCACUUCACAAAAUCUGUUCACUGAAACAGUUAAUAUAAUCCUACUUUACAUCCUUCACUUUAUAAGUGGCAGUGAAUGUGUGUUUGGAUUGGAGGACACACAAAAAUACGGACAGUUUCAUGGCAGUAAAAAAAUACAAGACAAACAAGUGAUGAGCCUUUGGCCAACUCU